AUGACGAAAUCUAAUUCAGCAAAAAAUGAUGUGGUUCUUCCGCCUAAUCUUUAUCAUGAAGAAUAUUGGACAGGUACGAGUUUCCAAAACUGGUCAGUUGAAUCAUUCGAUAUAUUUUGGAUUCAGAAAAACCCGAGUCUAUAUAGAAGACAGGAUCUAGCACAUUCUGCGUUGGGCAACGAAUUGGCGAUUCUCGCCAGAGCAUCUGAUAAAAGAAUAGCGGAUAAGGCAUACUUGUUGAAGAAACAACUUAAUUUUAAGAAUGAAUCAUCACAGAUUAACAAGAUUAUUUGGGAAAGAAGCAAAGAUAUAGCAGAGUCUCAAAUACAUUUAACAUUAAGCGAACUGCAAACCAAGACAAAUAUUGAAACAUCCCUGAUUGAGGAAAUCAACAGUUCCAAAAGAAAAAUACGUCACUUUAAAGACCACGUUUUGGAGCAAACAAAGGGUGAUGAAUAUAGUGAUUUACACGUACCAUCUAGUCCAACACCAUUCUCAUCACUGCAGUUAUUAAAAGAAUAUUCAAUCGCACAAUCAUCUUACUCUUCGAGAUUGUGCUUUAUACUCAAAAGCGGAACAAUUGUAAAAGAUCUUCUGGAUCAUAUACCUCACAAUAGUUUCUGGAGUGGGAAUCAUCUAAUUCUUGAUAAAAGCAAUGGUUGGCUUUUAAAUGGAUAUAUGAAAUUAGAAGACUUUGAGGAGUUGGUGGAAAUUUGUUACUCUCAUGGUGCUGUGGGACUGCCAAUAGAAUUAAAAUUAAUGCUUAAAAAAUUAAUGAAAAAUCAUACGGUACUAUCAUUGAGAAAAAUGCAAUUAUCAAUGCAACAAAAAUUAGAUCUUAACGAUCCAUACUUUUAUCAAAAGAAAUGGAUCUUAUCAACUGUUGAUAAUUGUCAUAAAUCGGCAUCAAUUUACUAUUCUCUCAUUGAUCGUUUGGCCCUUCAAUAUUUUCGUACUCUUCGAGCUGGUUCAUCUUCUGAAAGUUCAUUGUUUGCAUUACAUGAAGUUGAUGCAAAUUUACGUGCAAAACAACCAGAUAUUUACUUUCGUGAUGACAUUCUCAAAGUCGAGCCUGGAAAUGUAGAGAUUGCAAAGGAUGGUUUAAUACAAGAUAUAGUUAAAUAUGAUCUUGACACAAACAAGAGCCUUCGGGAAAAUAUAUAUGAAAUCUAUUAUACGUAUGACAAUCUCCCCACCUCAAAAAAGGAAAAAAUUUUUGAGAUGGAUUUUAUAGCCUUUGUAAUCUCUGACAAUCAUAUAGAUACGUAUGUAACUAGAUUGGUUGAUAACCAACUUUAUAUCUCUACCAAGUUGCGAAUGAAUCAAACUGUGGAAACUAUGCGCAAGGCAAAGAUGGAUGAUGCAGAUCCACUGAUUGAUUCACCGAAAAAGUUUACAUAUUUUUACGAUCCUCGUAUUUUACCUUCUGUAAUCUCCAAAAAAAAAUCAAGUGACAAGAAGAAAAAUACUAAGAAAAAUUAA